UUCCAUUAAUUAUCCUUUCUUCACCCACCAAACAGCAUUCUGUCUUUAGCCUCAAUAUCCAAAUCGAAACCAUUAACCAACUCAGGUUCUCUAAUUUGAUCAUGGUUAGAAUUCCUUGGUUAGGGUUAUUGCGUGGUGUCAGAUAAAAGGGAAGCUGGAGCUCUUUGAAAUACAUGUGACUUGCCUAUAAGAAAUUAGAACCUCUUCUUCUCCUAGGAGGCGAUCAGCCAUAUUGUUUCCAACGCACGCUCCGUCAGGUAAACUACUUUCUGCUUCAUAAGUAGCUACAAAAUGGCAGAUGGCCAUGAGAUUGAUAAAAACAUCGAGAUAUGGAAGAUUAAAAAGCUUAUAAAAGCUCUGGAAGCUGCUCGAGGCAAUGGCACAAGCAUGAUUUCUCUCAUCAUGCCUCCUCGCGAUCAGAUAUCCCGUGUUACUAAGAUGCUUGGUGAUGAGUUUGGAACUGCUUCAAACAUUAAAAGCAGGGUCAAUCGUCAGUCUGUGUUAGGUGCAAUUACUUCUGCUCAGCAAAGGCUCAAACUUUACAACAAGGUUCCUCCAAAUGGUCUUGUGCUUUACACGGGAACAAUUGUUACUGAAGAUGGAAAGGAAAAGAAGGUGACAAUCGACUUUGAGCCUUUUAGGCCCAUAAAUGCAUCUCUGUACCUGUGUGACAACAAGUUCCAUACGGAAGCUCUAAAUGAGCUUUUGGAAUCUGAUGACAAGUUUGGCUUUAUUGUGAUGGAUGGUAAUGGAACCCUUUUUGGGACUCUAAGUGGUAACACGCGAGAGGUUCUCCAUAAAUUUACUGUUGACCUGCCAAAGAAGCAUGGGAGAGGAGGGCAGUCAGCUCUUCGAUUUGCUCGACUUCGAAUGGAGAAGCGCCACAACUAUGUGAGGAAGACAGCAGAACUUGCCACACAGUUUUUUAUUAAUCCUGCCACCAGCCAGCCUAAUGUUGCAGGAUUAAUUCUUGCUGGAUCUGCUGACUUCAAGACUGAGCUGAGUCAGUCUGAUAUGUUUGAUCCUCGACUUCAGGCAAAAAUUCUGAAUGUGGUUGAUGUUUCAUAUGGGGGUGAAAAUGGUUUUAAUCAGGCAAUUGAGCUGUCAUCAGAAAUUCUAUCCAACGUGAAGUUUGUACAGGAAAAACGCUUGAUUGGUAAGUACUUUGAGGAGAUUAGCCAGGAUACUGGGAAAUAUGUUUUCGGUGUGGAUGACACGCUGAAAGCUCUAGAGAUGGGUGCUGUUGAGACUCUCAUUGUGUGGGAAAAUUUGGACAUCAGUAGGUAUGUGUUGAAAAACAGCGUCACUGGUGAGAUUGUCAUAAAACAUUUGAAUAAGGAGCAGGAGGCUAAUCAGGACAACUUUAAGGAUUCAUCAAGUUCUGUUGAACUGGAAGUUCAGGAAAAGAUGCCGCUGCUUGAGUGGUUUGCUAAUGAGUACAAGCGUUUUGGUUGCACUCUUGAGUUUGUUACCAAUAAAUCCCAAGAAGGAUCCCAGUUUUGCAGAGGGUUCGGUGGGAUUGGCGGGAUUCUUCGUUACCAGCUUGAUAUGAGAGAUUUUGAUGAGCUUUCUGAUGAUGAAGUUUAUGAUGAUUCUGAAUAGCAAUCAGCCAACUCUACCCCAUUGCUGGUGCAGGAGAAUGGGGUAAAAGAGCCUGCCCCAGUACACAGCACACGACAUGUCGUUCGGUGCUGCUUGAUACUAGAAAGAUUUGACACAGUGCUAAUUGAGGGGAUCAUGAUAUUUCUGUGUCAAAGCAAGCUUAAUGUGGCGAGGCUCCUUGGUUUUCAUGAUGUAGCAGCUGGAUAUUCUAUGCAAGUGAAAAUUACCCUUGUAUCAUUACAUCUACAGUUUGGCCUGAGUGUAAGAAGCUGCUGGAUCAGCAUGGUCGAUGUCUAGAUGAAGACUGCAGAUUUUUUGCAUCAGCAUAAGACCUUAAUAUAGUUAUGGUUGGUGAAAGCUCCUAGUUACUCUUGAAUGAGUAUUGUUAUAAUUGUGGUAUUGUCUCUACAAUAAGUUGAUACUCGUGGAGGUUGUGUUGAUAAAUCCAUGACUUUCAGAGCUCAGUUUGACAUGUUUCUAGUUUAUUUGAUGUUAGUUGCCCCAUGCUAAGUUAGAAAACGUGUCUGCUUGAGGUUAGUUUUUUUAAUUAUUUUUGUGCUGUAUCUUUUGGUUGGAAUGAACAUCUUAGGUUUGACCUUGAGGUCCUGAUUCAUUUA